AUGGCUUCAAGAAGAUUUUGUUUAUGGUUUGUAUUUAUGAUUAUUACACAAUCAGUUGGAGAAGAUAUGCGAUCAGUUCGAAUGUCUGUAAUGCGUAAUUCGAAAUUUCAAUGUGCUAAUACAACUUGUUUACCAUUUAUUGAUUUCGUUACAAGAACUAUUCUCAAUUGUCAAGCAGGUUGUUUAGCUGUAAUUCAAUGUGCAGCAGCAAGUUUUCAUCGAUCAACGUCUAAUUGUGAAUUGUUUACUGAUAUGUUGAACCAAAAUGGAAAUAUGAUGUUUGAUGCAGAUAUUAUUAGUAUGAAUGUUAUUGCUGAAACACGAUCUCCACCUGAACCGACUACGACAACAACUUCAACCACAACAUCAACUACAAAAUCAACCACAACAACAUCAACAACAACAUCAACAACAACAUCAACUACAACUACAACAACAACAUCAACAACAACAUCAACUACAACAACAACAUCAACAUCAACUACAACGUCAACAACAACAUCAACAACAACAACAACGUCAGCAACAACAUCAACUACAACGUCAACUACAACGUCAACAUCAACAACAACAGCAACACCAAGAUGGACAAUCACAGGAAACCUGAAUACUGCACGAUUAGGGCACACAUCAUCCACAUUACCGAAUGGAUCAGUACUAGUUGCUGGUGGAGCCAACGGCGCUGGGAGUCUUAAUAGUGCUGAAUUGUACAAUCCGUCAACAGGCACUUGGACAAUAACAGGAAUCAUGAAUACUCAACGAUAUUAUCAUACAGCAUCCACAUUAGCGAAUGGAUUAGUAUUAGUUGCUGGUGGAUACAGUGGUAGUAAUCUUCUCACUAGUGCUGAAUUAUACGAUCCAUUAACAGGCAGUUGGACAACUACAGGAAGCAUGAAUAUCGCCAGAUCUCGCCACACAGCAUCCACAUUAGCAAAUGGAUCAGUAUUAGUUGCUGGUGGACAAGGUAGUAGUAGUUAUCUCAAUAGUGCUGAAUUAUACAAUCCAUCAAUACGCACUUGGACAAUCACAGCAAACAUGAGUAUCGCUCGAAUCUAUCACACAGCAUCCACAUUAGCAAAUGGACUAGUAUUAGUUGCUGGUGGAUUGGACAGCAGCGGUAGUGUUACCAAUAGUGCUGAAUUAUACAAUCCAUCAACAGGCACUUGGACAACUACAGGAAACAUGAAUGUCGGACGAUCAGAUCACACAGCAUCCACAUUAGCAAAUGGAUCAGUAUUAGUUGCUGGUGGAGAGGGCAACGAUGGUUAUCUCACUAGUGCUGAAUUAUACAAUCCAUUAACAGGCAGUUGGACAACUACAGGAAACAUGAGUGCCGCACGACUUUGGCACAUAGCAUCCACAUUAUCAAAUGGAUUCGUAUUAGUUGCUGGUGGACUAGGAAACAGUACUGCUUAUCUCAAUAGUGCUGAACUGUACAAUCCAUCAACAGGCAUUUGGACAACUACAGCAAACAUGAGUGUCACACGAUAUGUUCACACAGCAUCCAUAUUAGUAAAUGGAAAAGUGUUAGUUGCUGGUGGAUACAAUAGCGUUGGUGGUUAUCUCAAUACUGCUGAGCUUUAUUAA